AUGACCUUCUUAAGGAAGGAUAAGGAACCUACAUCUUCGUCACCAACUUUUGUUCCCCCCAUGGUUGACCCUGGGAAUGGGACAACUGAGCCCGAUUCUGAUGAGGAAAAUAAAAUUGCAUCCAGUAAUAAUAGUGGCCUUUCAAUGCGCAAUUCCCAACAUAAUGAACAAUGGAGGACACAUCCCAUCUCGGUUUUUGAAGCGAAGUACCACGGAGAGAAUCCCGAGGAUCGCAAGCUUCCAUCAAAAGUUAGGAAAUUUUACAAGAUGCAAGACAAGUUAAUUGAAUCCUUGCAAUCGACGGUCUCACUCUUGGGGGAUGAUGAUGAAGUCGUGGAAGGUAGAAAUCGAGCUGCCCAACGCCAACAGCGUAUCAACGAUGUGCUUAUCAAGGCCACAUUCUUCCUUAAUCUCGCCCUUCUUAUAAGCAAAUUGGUUGCAUCAAUUCUCUCGCAUUCCCUUUCUGUAAUUUCCUCGCUGAUGGAUAGCGCUGUCGACUUGGCUUCUGGCUUCACACUGUGGAUUACUUCCCAUCAAAUGCAAAAAUCACUACCCUACUCCUAUCCUACAGGUAAGGAUAAACACUGUGUGUGUGUGUUGAAACAAUUGUUUUGCAAUAAAAUAGAAGGUGUUUUCAUUCCUUAA